CUUCAUGAGAAACAAACCAACAUCAGUAAUAGAAACCAGCAAGGACCCAACACUCAUUCAGGCACAAUCAAACAUGCACACCCAGCCCAGUUCAAUCUCUUGCGGAACAUUACAUUACAGGAGGCUCCAAGCUUACAAUCCGUCAAUGAAACAGUAAUCGCUACCCCACCACCAAGGCUUCCAAUGACCGAUU